AUGAGUGAGAGUGAAUAUAGGAAGCUGAGUCGCAGGGUGGCUGUUGGUGUGCUGGCGGCUUCUUUGUGUGUGGUGAAUGUGCCUCAGGUUUUGGCGGCAGAAGAAGGUACUGGAUCUUUUGAUGAUCCAAUAACUGGAAACGGAUCAUGGGCUGCUAAAUAUAAUUUAAGUGAAAGUGGAACGGAAACAAACGUAACUGGAGCAACUGCUGAUAUCAAUGGUAAUGAGGCAGUAAAUAUAUAUGGUGGCUUUUCAAUUGCAGGUGGUGUAAAAAAUAAUACACUUACAUUACUAUCGGGUAAAACUACAACAAGUGAUUUCUUGGCAGGUGGAUAUACUAGUGGUGGUAGUGCGGAACUUAAUAACUUGAAUAUAAAUGGUACUGUUAAUUCUGCAACAGGAUAUCUGUAUGGCGGUUUUUCUAAUAUGUCAUACGAAUAUGGUUCUCCAAAGGGAAUAGUAAAUACAAAUACUGUAAAUAUUAGUGGCAAUGUAACAGUUGACAGUAUUUAUGGUGGUCGAGCAGAUAAUGGUUCUGCAGGUGAGAAUAGGAUUGUUGUAUCGAAUGGCACAUUGAACGUUAAUAGUAUUUAUGGUGGAUCAGCAGGUAAUGGUUCUGCUAAUAAUAAUAUGGUUUCCAUUGCAGGAACAACAUCAGGAACAAUCACCAUCUACGGUGGUAAGGCUACUACUGAAGCAAAGACGAAUCAGGUUUCUGUAAAUACUAAUGUUGAAGGUUCGGUAACUGCUGGUGAAGGAAAGUCAGCAGGCGGUACAUCAGUAGAUUCUGGUAAUAUAUCAACUAUAGCAACCGGUCAGACAUUAACAGGUAGUGUAACUGGUGGUCACGCUAUUGGUUCGGAAUCUACAGACCACGCACAGAACAACAAAGUUAUUGUUAAUGGCACAGUUACUGGAAAUGCUACAGGUGGUUUGUCUGACCAUGGUAACGCUAAGCAUAACGAUGCUACUGUUUCUGGCACUGUCAAUGGUAAUGCUACAGGUGGUUUGUCUGACCAUGGUAAUGCUGAGUAUAACAAUGCCACUGUUUCAGGUACAGUAAAAGGUGAUGUAGUUGGUGGUGAGGCUGCAGUAAAAGCAGACAAUAAUACCGUUACUAUUUCUGGAACGGCAGAGAAAAAUGUAACUGGUGGUAAGGGUAAAACUGCAGAAACUAAUACUGUAACUGUAGCAGGUACAGUAGGCAAGACUGGUGAGACCAUCAAUAUUAUCGGUGGUCAGGCAACUGAUGGAGCAGCUAAAACUAAUACUGUUACACUUAAUGCUGGUACAAUUCUGAAAGGUGAUACCGUAAAUGUCUAUGGCGGUAGUGGUACUGCUGGUGCAACUGGAAAUACCAUAAAUGUUGUAGCGAAUAGCAUAGAUACAUCUGAUGCAAAAACAGUCAAUAUUAUCGCUGGACAGGCUACAAAAGGUGAUGUAUCUGGUAAUAAUAUUGUUAGCAAGGUUUCAGAUGAAAGUCCAGAUAAAGGUGUAAUAAUAAAAAACACAUCAUCAGCAACUAUUAAUCUUAAGGGUGCUGAAACUGGUAAUGGUAAUGCCAAAGAUAACCAUAUUACCAUCAAUGAAAGCUAUGGGUUAAAUAAUGUAACAGGUGCAGAAGGUGGCGGUUCAGGUAAAGAAGUAUCUGGCAAUACCGUUACCAUAAAAGGUGAUUCUGGUGAAGAUAAGACCAUUGCUGCUACUGUGGUUGGUGCUAAAGGUGACAAUUCAAGUAGUGUAACAGGUAAUAGUGUAACCAUAAAAGAGGAUGUAACUGGCAAGAUAACCGAUGUAAUCGGUGCCGAAGGUGAUAAUGCCACUCUUUCUAAUAACACCGUAACUAUUGAAUCAGGUGCGGCAGCCAAUAUUACUAAUGUUUAUGGUGCUAAGGGAACAAAUGGUGCAACCUUAACUGGUACAAGUGUUGACGAUGGUAACAGGAUUAUAAUUAAUGGUGGCACAGUAGCUAAUGCUUAUGGUGGUCAAAGUACAGGCGGUAAAGUAGAGUAUGCUUCUGUAACUGCUAAUAAUUCGACUUUAACGCAGGUUAUUGGCGGUGAUGGUAAAAAUGUUUCUAGCAAUAAAGUUACUUUGGAGAAUGAUACAGUAUCAGGAAAUGUUAUUGGUGGUCAGUCAACAGCAGGUACUGCAUCAAACAACGAAGUAAAUAUCUCUGGAACAACGGUAGUUUCAGGGGUUGUUUAUGGUGCAAAAGGAACAGGUUCGGAAAACUUAUCUGGUACUAGUCUGACUGAUGGAAAUAGAGUGAAUAUUAAUGGUGGCUCUGUUGGUAGUGUAUAUGGUGGAAAGACUGGCGGUACAGUAGAGUAUGCUUCUGUAACAGCAACAAAUUCCGAUGCCAAGAUUACAGGAGAUGUGUACGGUGGUGAUGGCACUAAAGGUGCUAGCAAUAACAAAAUCGAAAUUGGCACUGGUGUAUUAGAAAAUACUUCUACGGUUAAUUUAAUCGGUGGUCACGCUGAAACUGGUAAUGUUAAUAGUAAUGAAGUUGAUGUGACUGGUGUAACCAAUGCGACUAUAAAAGGUGGUACAACAACUACAGGUAAUGCAUUAAAUAAUACCGUUACUGUAAAUAAUGCCACUAACGUCAAUAUUAUUGGUGGUCAUGGCGGUGGCACUGAUAAAGAAGUAGCAGGAAAUAGUGUUACUAUCACUGAUAACACUGUUGCAAAUGAUGUAGUGGCAGGCGAAAGUACAAAUGCUUCUAGUGCAUCUGGCAAUAUUGUUACUAUGACUGGUGGCAGUGUAAACAAUGUAUAUGGUUUGAAGGAUAACAACACUGGCACAGGUGCAACUCUCUCUGGUGGUGGUAAUGCUGUAACCCUAACUGAAACGACUGUAGCUGGCAGUGUUUAUGGUGCUCAUAGCAACAAAUCAUCUAUUAGUGGAACAGCAGAUAAAUAUAAUGUUGUAAACAUAACGAAUAGUUCUGUAACUGGCGAUGUUUAUGGUGUAAAUUCUGGUACAGGUAAUGCUUCUUACGGUAACACAGAGCUGUCUGGCGGCAGUAUCGGUGGUAACGUAUAUGGUGCAAAAUCAAAUAGUGGAAGUGCAGCCUACGGUGAUGUGACUAUCAAUGGCGGUACUACGAUUGAUGAUGGUGAAAUUGUUGGUGCAUCUGGCGUAGGUGCUGUAGAUAAUGGUCAUGUUACUAUUAACAAUGGCAUUAUUUCCAAUGCAGAUAUUUAUGGUGGUCAUAUUUCCAGUGGCAGUGGUGAUGUAACCAAUAGUACAGUGACAAUUGGUACUGCUGGUACUUAUACAGGAAUUAAAAACUUAGCUGGUGGUUAUACUGCUAAAGGUAAUGCGAAUACUAACCAGACCAUCAUCAACGGUAAUGUGGAAUUUGCAGUGCCAACAGGUACAGGUGAUAGCCUUGAUUUGUUCGGCGGUCGUACAGACAGCAAUGGUACAGCAGAUGGUAAUACAUUAACCAUCAAUGGCGAAAUAUCUUUAAAGAACGGUGAAACUAAGGAAUAUAAGCUGUAUGGUGGUGAUGGUAAAACUGGUGCUAGCAACAAUACUGUUAAUGUUUUAGGCGAUAAAUUAGUAAAUGCUACUAAGACUGAGAUAAUUGGUGGUAAAAGUGCUACUAAUGCGAAUAGCAAUAUAGUAAAUGUAACAAAUGCAACAGAUUCCACUGUAACAGGUGGUGAAGCAGCAGCCGGCACUGUUAACAGCAAUAAGGUAACAAUUAAUGGCUCGAAUACAAAUCUGACAAAGGAUAUUGUUGCUGGUCAUGGCACUGGAACAGUAAGCAGUGUAUCUUCUAAUGAGUUAACUGUUAAAGCUGGUACAGUAGGAAAACUGUAUGGUGCAAAGGAUGAGUCUACUAACGCUACUGCAAUAUCUAAUAACAAGGUUAACUUAUCUGGUGGUACAGCUAAAGAUAAUAUUUAUGGUGCGUACAGUAAAAAUUCUGAUGUAAUAGGUGGUAGCAGUACAGAAAAUAAAGUCACUAUCAAUGGCGGUACAGCAGAAAAGGAUAUUUGGGGAGGCAAGGCAGAUAACGGUGAAGUCCAGUAUGGCUCUGUAAAUGCUACAGGUGGCAAGAUAAACGGAAAUGUCUACGGUGGCGAAGGUGAGAACGGUGCCAGCAAUAAUACUAUAAAUAUUGCUUCGGGUGUCAUGAGCAAUGGUACAACUGCUAUAGAGAUUAUCGGUGGUAAAUCUGAGUCAGGUUCAGUAGAUAGUAAUAAGGUUACUGUGGCAGGUGUAUCUAAUGCAACCAUAAUCGGCGGAACGGUAACAAGUGCGACUUCUGCAAGUACCACAAAUUCAAACGAGGUUAUUGUAACAGAUGCAACUAAUUCUACCGUAACAGGUGGUGAAGCAGCAGCAGGUACAGUUGACAGCAACAAGGUAACAAUUAAUGGUGCGAAUACAAGUCUGAUAACAGAUGUUGUUGCCGGUCAUGGCACAGAUACAGUAAGUUCGCUGACUGGUAAUAAGGCAACCAUAAACAAUGGUGAGAUAAAGGCUCUUUAUGGUGCAAAGGACGAAACUGCUGGUGCGACUGUAUCAAACAAUCAGGCGGAAGUAAAAGCUGGUAAGGUAGCAAAUGAUGUAUAUGGUGCGUACAGUACAAAUUCUAAUCUGACAGGUACGAGCUUGACAGAUGGCAAUAGAGCUACUAUCAAAGGUGGCGAGGUUGAAGGUAACGUCUAUGGUGGUAAGACAGAUAAGGAUGUGUCUUAUUCAUCUGUAAGUGUGACUGACAACGGUACUGUAGACCAAAAUGUAUAUGGUGGUUAUACAACAGCUGGAAAUGCACAAAACAAUGAUGUGAGCUUAACAGGUGGUACAGUUAAGCAGGAUGUUUAUGGUGCCUCAACCACCUCUGGAACUGCAGAUCAUAACAAGGUAACUCUUAAUGGUACGACUGUUAAUGGGAUUAUUUAUGGUGCCCAUGGUGGAACAGGUGCGACAAGUCUGACAUAUAAUACCGCAGACAUAAAAAAAGGUUCUGUUGAUACGGUAUAUGGUGCAUUUGACGAGUCUACAGUUACAGCAAGCGUUAAUAAUAAUGGAAUUGCAAUUUCCGGUGGUACGGUAUCAGGGGCUGCUUAUGGUGCAUAUAGUAAAAAUAAUGCAGUAUCUAACUCUUAUGUGACAAUAAAUAAAGGUAACGUAAACGGAACGGUAACAGGUGGUAAAACUGACAGUGCUGCAGCAGAGCUUAACAAUAACUAUGUAACUGUUACGGGUACAUAUAAUGCUGCGGCAGGGACCUCUGAUGCUAAUGUUGGAACUGUUAUCGCAGCAGAGAAUAAGGCUAACGACAAUGCAAAUAACAACAUAAAUGAUAACUAUGUAACCAUUAACGGCGGUGUUGUUGGGUAUGUUUAUGGUGUCAAGGAUAAUGCGACUUCCGUAAAUAAUAAUGUAACAAUAGCAGAUAAUAAAGUUACUAUUAAAGACGGUAAGGUAACUAGCGGUGCUUAUGGUGUAUAUAGUGAAAAUGCAAAUCUGACUAAUAGUAGACUGACUAUCGAGGGUGGCAGUGUAAAAGAUGCGUAUGGUGGCUAUAGUGUAAACGGCGGUGUAAACGGUGGUAAAGUAGAUAUUUCAGAAAAUACUGCUGUUAAUACCUAUGUAAAUGGUGCAAUAGGUGGCUAUAGUGCUGGCAGUGGUGAGGUUAAGAAUUCUAGUGUAACCAUAGAUGGCGGUAAGGUAGAUGGCGAAAUUUAUGGUGGUAAGAGUGUCAGCGGAAAUGCUAAUUCAAAUACUAUAACUGUAACUAAGAGUACAGGCUUGGCUAAAAUAAUUGGUGGCGAAAGUGGCGGUACAAAUACAGUAAUUGCUAAUAAUAAGGUAACUGUAUCUGGUAGUGUUACUGGUGCAGACCCUGUUACUGGUGAAAAUGUAUACUCAACUAAUAUUGGCGAGGCAAUUGGUGCACAGAAUACAGUUAAUGGUAUAUCAAAUAAUAUACAUGACAAUUCAGUGACUAUCAAUGGUGGUAAAAUUGGCAGCGUUUUUGGUGUAAAAGAUUUAGCUUCUACUAAUACUACUAUUCUGAAGGAUAAUAAUGUAAAAAUUACUGAUGGUUUUAUUACAGACGCUGCUUAUGCUGUAUAUACUACCAAGGGAAAUCUUAAUGGAAGUACGCUCACAAUAGAUGGCGGUACUGUAACUAAUGCUCAAGCUGGCUAUACAGUAGAUGGUAAUGUAACUGGUGGCGGUGUCAUCAUCAAUCAGUCUAAUCCAAGCAUAGCAGCGACUGUAAUAGGUGCUACUGGCGGAUAUAGUCAAAAUGGUGAUGUGACUGGGGCUGCUGUAACUCUCGAAAAAGGUACACUCUCAGGCAAGGUCUAUGGUGGUCAGGGUGAUGGUGCAAAUGGAACCAUUAAAAAUAAUAGUGUAGUCUUUAAGAGUGGUGGUAGCUUAUCAGAUGAUGCAGAGGUUGCUGGUGGUAAGUCUAAGGCUGGAACUGCUGAAGGAAAUACUGUUACGGCAUCUAUCUCCAAUGCUAAUGCAACUAUAGUUGGUGGUGUAACUGAAACUGGUACUGCCAAGGAUAAUAUAGUUACUGUUGACGAGAAUCAGAGCAUUGGUGCUGCUAUCGGUGGUUUAGGUGAGGGUACAACUGAUCCUGCAACUGGUGUUACAGCUAAGGAAUUGUCAGGAAAUAAGGUAAUCUUGAAGGCUAAUUCUACAACAGGCGAGGCUUAUGGUGCUAAGGAUAAUUCUGAUGGCUCUAAUGUUACAAUUAAAAAUAACAGCGUAGAAGUAAAUGGUACUGUUGGUAAAGUUUAUGGUGCAUGGUCGGAGAAUGCAAAUAUUAAUGUGGCUGAUAGUGAGCGUAAUGUAGUUACUAUAACAUCCACAGGUAAGGUAACUGGUGAGGUUGUCGGUGCUCACAGUGAAAAGGGUAAUGUCAACAAUGCAAAGCUUGAACUUACAACUGGUAGCGUAUCAGGCAAUGCAAUAGGCGGCUACAGUGGCAGUGGCAAUGUACAGAAUUCUAGUGUCGUGCUUAAUGGUGGCAAUGUUUCUGGUAAUAUCUAUGGUGGUCAGGGUGUAUCUGGUGAAGUUAAAGAUAAUACCGUAGAUUUGACUGCUGGAACAUUAGGCACAAAUGUAGAAAUCGCAGGUGGUAAAACUGAUACUGGUGUUGUUGACCACAAUACUGUAAAUGUAACAGGAGUAUCUAAAGAUGAUUUAUCUGUUGUGGGUGGUAUAGCUGACACAGGUACUACAAAGAAUAAUAUAGUAAAUAUUGGUUUGACAACUCCACCAUCAGUUACUAUCGGAAAUGCAACUGGUGGUACAGGUAAUGCAGGAAGUGAAAUUUCAGGCAAUACUGUAAAUCUGAAUAAUGGUACUGUAACUACAAUUAUCGGUGGUGAAGGUGCUGGUGCAAGCAAGAUUUCAGGUAAUAUUGUAAAUCUGAAAAAGGGUACUGUUACAACUGUUUACGGUGUUAAAGAUGUUUCUGAUGGCAAAACCAUUAAUAUUGAAAGCAACAAGGUAAUAAUUGAUGGUGCAACUGUUUCUGUUUCAGAUGAUGUCUAUGGUGUGUAUACCCAAAAUGCGGUUAUAACAGGCGAUACUACCAAGCUGAAUGAGGUAGAAAUUAAAGAUGGUACUGUUGUAAAGAAUGUUUAUGGUGCCUACAGUAAAGAAGCUAGUGCAGACAAUGGUUCUGUUACCGUUAGUGGUGGCACAAUUGGCGGUAUGGUUUAUGGUGGUCUGGGUGUUACUGGUGCUAAGAAUAAUACCAUAACCUUGAAUAAUGGUAUAUUAAAUCAGGAUAUAAUAGCUGGUAUUGCAACUGGAGCUGGUGCAACAGUAUCUGGUAACAAAGUAAAUAUAAAUAGCAGUGGUACUUUUGAUAAAAAUAUUAUAGGUGGUUUAUCAAAGGGUUCUGGUGCUAAACUGAGUGGUAAUAUUGUUACUAUAGAUAGUGCGACCGUGUCAGGUGAUGUUGUCGGUGCUGUAGCAAAGUAUGAUGAUGCUGAUGAGCUUUUGAGCAAUAAGGUCAUUGUAAAUUCUGGUAGUGCCGUCAAUGCUUACGGUGCUAAGGAUGAAAGCGACACUAGCAGGACUUUGAAUGUGGCAGGUAACACUGUGGAAGUAAAUGGCGGUACAGUUGAUAACGCCUAUGGUUUGUAUACCAAAAAUGCAGUACAUGAUUCAGCUAUUAGCACCAACACUAAUGAUGUUAAGGUAUCUGGCGGUAAGGUAACUAAUUCUUAUGGUGUAUAUAGUGAAGCAGGUGACGCUAAUUUAGGUAAAGUUAUUAUUACUGGUGGUGAAGCUGUCAAUGUUUAUGGUGGUAUGACAGAACAUGGUGCAGCAACCAAUAACACUAUUUCAAUAGCUAAUAAGCAGGCAACAUCUAAUCAUGUGAAUAUAAACACAGUACCAGAGUGGAUUGGCGGUUUUGAGACACUGAAAAUAGAUACCACAAUUUAUGGUGGCUAUGCCGAUGGCGAUGUCAGCAAGAAUACUAUCACUAUCGGAGAGAACGCAGAGAUUAAAACAGCUGUUGCUGGCCAGUCUGGUAAUACUGGUGGUACAGCAACUAUAUCUGAAAAUACUGUGACUAUAACUGGUGGUACAGUAGAAGAGGCUUAUGGUGCUAAGGAUGACUCUGCUGAUGGGACUGCUGUCUUAGAAGAUAAUGCGGUAUCUAUAUCUGGCGGUACUGUAGAAAAUGCUUAUGGUGCAUAUACUACAAAUGCUGACUUGGAUGAUACAGAUGGUGAUACUGUAGUCAAUGGUAUCAUAAUCAGUGGCGGUACAGUAACGAAUGCCUAUGGUGCAUAUAGUGAAAAUGGUGCUGUAACUGCUGGUGCUGCUAUAGUAUCAGGUGGUAUAGUAACUAAUACCUAUGGUGGCUAUAGUACAGGUGGCAAAGUUGAAAAUACUACAGUUGAGAUAAAAGAUAAUGCAGUUGUUGAUAAUGCCUAUGGUGGUUAUAGUAUCAAUGAUACUACGUCCAAUACAACUGCUAUGGUGAGUGGUGGCUCUAUUACUGGUUCUGUCUAUGGCGGUUAUAGUGAAAAUAAUGCAGUAGAUACAGCAACAACUACUAUAAAAGGUGGCACUAUCUCUGGCAGUAUCUUUGGUGGUGCAAGUGACAGCGGUGAUGUAUCAGGCAGUACCGUUGAAGUAUCUGGUGGUACAAUUAAAGGUACAGUUUAUGGUGGUAUGAGCGAUACUGGCAGUGUAACAGGCAGUAACCUCAAUUUGUCAGGUGGUAAAUUUGGCUCUCUGACUUAUGAUGAAGCAGGUAAGCCUGUUCAGGAAACUGUAGACGUUUAUGCUGGAUAUAGUAAUAGUGGAGAUGUCACGGGUAAUACUAUUACUGUAAGUGGCACUGCUGAUUUGUAUAAUGCUAAUUUGUAUAAUGCUAAUUUGUAUGGUUAUAAUCCAGGUAAUACAGGUAAGCAUGAAAAUAAUACGUUAGUUAUUAAUCAGGGCUGGAAUACUGAGAAAAGACCAGAGGGAACAGCUAAUGCAGGCGUUGAGAAUAGCUACAUUAAAUCUAUAAACAACUUUGAUGCGAUAAAGGUUGUAGAUAUGAAGUGGGGUUCACCUGCGAUUCGUGUAUCCGAAUUAAAUCUUCUUGGUGAAGGAACUGAUGGCACAACUAUUACUGUAGAGAAUAUUACUGUAGAUCCAGCAGAUGUGCAGAAUAUAAAAGAGGGUGCCCAUACUGACAUUAUUUCUGCUAGGGAAACAAAUGGAAAAUUAAAUGUAAAUAGUAAGCCUAUAAAUAUUAACGUAGGCGUGGCUCAGAAAGCGGUUAUAAAGCUUGAUACUAGAGUUUCCGGUACUGCUGUAGGUACUGAUGCUAUCGUGUAUAUGGGUGAUCCUGCUAAUGACAAGGAUAGCGGUAAUGAAGUUGACCCUAAUGGUUAUAACCUUAAUAUUGAGGCAAAAGUAGACAGUGUUGAGCGUAAUGACCAGGUACUAGUUAUCGGUGAGUCCCGCGCUGCUGUUACAGCCUUUGUAAAUCAGGGCAGUGACCUUCUGUUUGAUUCUUUGGAGUCCUUGCACAAUAGUAAGUCCAUAAAUGGCAGUGAGUAUGGUGAAAAGACCUUUGCUGGCAUGUAUGGCAAUUCCAGCAAGUAUAAGACUGGCAGCUACGUGAAGAUUAAUGGCUGGAGCGGUCUGGCUGGCUUCGGUAAUACUUUGGAUAAUGGCACUACAUGGGGCGUGUUCUAUGAGCAUGGCACUGGUAACUUCACGUCACACAAUGAUAUUGGCAGUGAGGUUAUUCGUGGUGAUGGUAAUUCUACCUAUGAUGGUGUUGGUCUGAUGGCUCGUAAGGAUAUGGGCGAUGGCUGGUAUGGUGAGGCGGGUAUUCGUGUUGGCCGCAUGAAGAAUAAGCUGGAGCAUGCUGUUAAGAGCAGCGGUUCUAACUAUGAAGGCUAUGAUGUAUCCACACCGUACUAUGGAGCACAGUUUGAGGUUGGUAAGCAUUUCAAGGUAAGCGACACAGGUGAGAUAACUGUUAGUGGCAGAUAUACUUAUACCCAUCACAAUGGUAAGGAUUUUGAAAUUGCUACUGACAGCUUCCACUUCGACAGCAUGAACAGUCAUAGGGCAAGAUUAGGCGUUAUGUGGAAACAGAAGGCAAGUGAUAAGCUGACUACUAAGCUGGGGGCAGGCUUUGAGUAUGAGUUUGGCGGUAAGGCAAAUGACACUGUACUUAAUUAUGACUUGGCAACUCCAUCCCUUAGAGGUGGCACUGUAAUAUAUCAGGCAGGUCUGACAUAUAAGGCAGAUGAUAGAUGGUCUGUAGAUUUGGGCUUAGAUGGCUAUACUGGCAAGCGUCAGGGCAUGUCUGGUCACAUUCAGCUUAAUAUGAGUUUCUAA